AUGUCCGACGCUUCUGCGUCACCGUCGCCGUCCGUCGCACCCUCUCCCGAGUUCACCCUUCGUGACUACGUGGUGCAUCAGCGUGCGUUACAGCAGCUGCUGCGGUCUCAACCGGUGUGGCUGCUCGAUGACGUACUCGGCCUGCGGUAUCGCGCACGACUCCGGCUGCGUCUCUCACCGCGCCCACAGCUUCACUUCACGGAAGAUGCCGAAGAUGACUCUCACUCCUUCGAGACGGACUGGCCGUCGAGUAAACGCCACGACGCAGCAGAGCACGGUAACAAUGACUUCCAGGCAUCCGCCAUGGAUGAUGGAUAUCCUGUCGUCCCUCUCACCCCCGCCUGCAGUAUCGAGCCGGCGGCGGAGGCAGAUGAGGCGUGCGGCAGUGGCGUGCGUCUCCGUAUUGCUCCUGACGCUGCCUGUGGUGCCGCCGCGUCAGCCGAUUCCCUCUCCUUUCUCAUCAUCCCUGCUUCCACGGAGGCAGGGCUCACCCCCGCCUCAGCCUGGGUGACGGUGUUGCGUCGUCUCUGCCGUCUGUCCAGUGCGCCGCCGCGCGCGAGUGGCGUUGUCGACGCUACUAAACGAUUGAAAGGCGAUUGGGGCACACCGUCGGCGCCCUGUCACGUUGAUCCCGUAUCGACGGACCAAAAUGGCGUCGUCACUCCGUCAGCGGUCAAUGAAGGUGAUGAGGGCAUGUUGACGAUCGCCACACCAACCCCUAGCUCCUGCGGUGGCUAUGCAUCGUCUCCCGUUUCUGUGGAGGUGCCUCCUGUGUCUUCGCCGGCGCACCUGAUAGCCGGUACAAUUCUUGACAGGGAUGUGGAGGAAGACAGGCGGCAACUAGAGCGCCUCACCGAGGCCCUGCGCGCCCGAACUCGCGAAGCGGCGGAGCUCAAGGCGCAGCUGCGACAAGUGACUACGACGACGCCGUCCCUAGCUUCCGCACGGCUCGAUCCAACGCUGUCGAACAGGUCUGCCGCGGUCGACAGCACUGCUGCUGCCACACCUGCGGUAGUGGCUGCUGGCGAGGAAGUGGAACGGCCUCCAACAAUGGCGCACGUGAGCAGCGGCCUCGUGCCGGCACUGCAGGGGUUUCCGCCUCACCUCGCCGAGAUGUCUUCCGAGGAUGACGACGACAACGAGAGCGGUGGCGACGACGAUGAGGACGGCUCUUCGGGCGAGCACGGCGCUGGCCGAGCGGCACCGAACUGCUUCAGAGGCAGCCCCAGCAGUGCGGCAUUCAUCCUCUCCGAAGACUCGGCACGGCCACAAGCGCCACGCAGCGGUCAUGUGUGCAACCUCGGCUCCCUCGGCCCCACGUGCGGCGAUGAGGACGCGCUGCGCAUUUACAAUGAAAUCCACGGAGGUCACAGCAGCAGCUGCAGCAGCGACCGCCGCUCCUCGUCCUCAUCCAUGUCAAGCGCGACCUCGGUGAGCAUGCCGCAGCCAGCUGGGUGA